AUGAUGAAGGUGUUUCUCUGUGUUGUUGCUGUUCUAGCCAUGGCUCAUCAGAUGGUGGAACCAACCCAAGCAGCCUUUACCUGUACCGAUGUUGACAAGUGCCUUGUUCAAUGCAUGCCAUACUUGGUCGGCACUGCAACUGUGCCUGCUCCAGCAUGUUGUGAUGGAGUUAAGCAAAUCAAAGCGAUGGCAACUACCACUGAAGACAAACGCCAAGCAUGCGGCUGUGUUAAAGAUGCGGCUAAUAAGUACCAGAACAUAAAAGAAGAUGCAGCCAGUGGACUCCCUACCAAGUGUGGUGUUCCUCUCUCUUACCCUAUCUCCAAAAAUAUUGAUUGCAGCACGAUCAACUAA